GUUUAUGCUUUUGUUCUGUGAGCGUUGUGUGGGAAGGCCUGUGUUGUUAUGGCAUUUGAGGUGCAUGCCUGUUGCGCAGCCCGGCCUCGAACGGUUUCAUGCGUAUGGUCAAGUAUUUCAUGGUUUCCAACCAUGACCCCGACAAGUCGAUGGGAACUGUUUCUAUAAAAUCGAUAUUCUGACACGGUUAUUACUGUUAUCACAAUGCCUCCUCACGCAUCGCUUCGGAGCGCCUGCGCAGUCCUGCUAGUGCUGGUCGCCAUGGCCGGCGCAGCGGCAGCUCGCGAGUUUGGGGCCAAGGCUGCUGCGACCAAUGGUGGUGCUGCUGCUGCUGUGGACAGCAGGCCCGCAGUGGUACUGGCGGUCUUCGGGGACUCGCUAUCGGACACGGGUAACACGUUCCGGGCGGCGGGUAUACCGCAGGCCGACCUCUACUACCAGGGCAGGUACUCCAACGGCCCCAUCUGGGUCGACUACCUGGCUGCCGCAGUCUCCAACACCACACAGCUCACGGUCCUGAACUACGCCCACGGCGGCGCCGCGGCCUGCCCCGAGAACGGCGCGGCGGCGCAGUACCCCUUCAUUCGCGACCUGCCAUCCCAGACGUCGGCAUUCCUUGCCGACAUCAGCGCACCCCAGACCCAGGGCCAGCUGGGCGGCGGCCGGCGGCUGCUGCCCGUCAGCUUCAUCGGCAACAACGACGUGCGGAACGUCCUGACAGCCGCCCUUGGCGCCGGCGGCUUCCCCACCGAGCAAGCCGUCGCGGCGCUGGUCGGAUCAAUCACCUCCUGCCGCCUGGCCUGGGCUCAGCAGCUGCUGGGAGCGGGCGAGGCGGUGUGGCGGCAGCAGCGGGGAGCCGAGCGGGUGCUGGUGCUGCUGCCCGUGGCGCGACUGGACAUCACGCCCAGUGCGCCGGAGCUGCUCAAGCCGGUGCUCAAGACGGUGACUGACGCGAUCAACAAUGCCCUGACGGUGGCGGCGGCCGCGCUGAAUGCGGAGCUGGCGUCGGCGCCGGUCAACAGCGGGAGCCGCGGCGCACGGCUGCUGGUGACUGCGGACUUCAGUGGGGUGGUGGGGGCGACCGUGACGCCGCCCUUCGCGACCCUCGGUGCGGACUGGGGAGCGAGGGGCUGGUCGUGCAUGAUGGAGCAUGCGUGAGAUUGCAUUGGUGACAAGAGGGACCUGCUGACAUAGUUCACGAGCCAGUAUAGUGACGUGGAGAACGAACACCCUGCUCUGGACCCCAGGGGCGUGCCGCCUGCAACGCCGUCGGCCUACUCUAGCUCUAGUAGGCUUGCUCCCAUAGGACGCCCCUCCCGUCAUACCGAACAUGUUACUAGGUGCCAUCACUCCACCUCCUCUUCCAUUAUGACACUUCGUGGUCUGUAAAGCUUCAUAGUU